AUGGCCGAUACAGAUGAGGGCUUCGGCCUGGCCCGCACUCCUCUGGAGCCUGAUUCCAAAGACAGGUCUUGCGAAUCGAAACCCGACAGUGCUCUGGGAGCUCCCAGUAAGUCUCCCUCAUCCCCGCAGGCCGCCUUCACCCAACAGGGCAUGGAAGGAAUCAAGGUGUUUCUUCACGAACGAGAACUAUGGUUGAAGUUCCAUGAAGUGGGCACAGAGAUGAUCAUCACCAAGGCAGGGAGGCGGAUGUUUCCUAGUUACAAAGUGAAGGUGACUGGCCUUAAUCCCAAAACGAAGUAUAUUCUUCUCAUGGAUAUUGUUCCCGCAGACGACCACAGAUAUAAAUUUGCUGAUAACAAAUGGUCUGUAACUGGCAAAGCCGAGCCUGCCAUGCCGGGUCGCCUUUAUGUACACCCGGACUCCCCAGCAACCGGAGCCCACUGGAUGCGACAACUUGUCUCCUUCCAGAAACUCAAGCUUACCAACAACCACCUGGACCCAUUUGGACACAUUAUCCUGAACUCCAUGCACAAAUACCAGCCCCGAUUACACAUCGUGAAAGCAGACGAAAAUAAUGGGUUUGGUUCAAAGAACACUGCAUUUUGCACCCACGUCUUUCCGGAGACAGCUUUUAUCGCUGUGACUUCGUACCAGAAUCACAAGAUCACACAGCUGAAAAUUGAGAAUAAUCCCUUCGCCAAAGGCUUUCGGGGCAGUGACGACCUGGAGCUACACAGGAUGUCUCGGAUGCAAAGUAAAGAGUAUCCUGUGGUUCCCAGAAGCACCGUGAGGCACAAAGUGGCCUCGAAUCACAGCCCCUUCAGCAGUGAGACCCGAGCUCUCUCCACUUCGUCCAAUUUAGGGUCGCAGUACCAGUGUGAGAAUGGUGUCUCCGGCCCCUCCCAGGACCUUCUGCCCCCGCCUAACCCAUACCCACUGGGCCAGGAGCACAGCCAAAUUUACCACUGUACCAAGAGGAAAGACCUGCGUGGAGACCGCGUCGUGCGUGGCGGAGCCGCUCACAGUGGCAGCGCUGUCCUGUCAGAGACAGAGCUGGACCAGCGCCAGCUGUCAAUCAGUAUCUGA